AUGGUUAAUUUAGGAGAUGAAUUUCCCAAUUUUAAUGCUAACACCACUAUCGGAGAAAUUACUUUUCAUGAAUGGCUGGGAGAUUCGUGGUGUAUUUUUUUCUCCCACCCAAACGCAUUCACCCCAGUUUGUACUACAGAAUUAGGUAGAGUUGCUCAGUUAAUACCUGAAUUUACCAAAAGAAAUUGUAAAGUAAUCGGCUGUUCAUGUGAUGGUAUUGAAAUUCAACACAAAUGGAUUGAGGAUAUUAAAAGUUAUUCUAAAAUAGAAGGCAAUUUCCCAUACCCUAUAAUUGCUGAUGAGUCUCGUAGUCUCGCUGUUCAACUGGGUAUGAUUGACCCAGCUGAGAAAAACAAAGAUGGGCUUCCUGUUACUUGCAGAGCAGUUUUCAUAAUUGAUUCCGAUAAAAAACUUCGUCUUUCAAUUCUUUAUCCCGCUACAACUGGACGUAAUUUCAGUGAAAUAUUACGUGUAUUGGAUUCACUUCAGUUAACAGAUGAGAAAAAAGUUGCUACUCCAGUUGACUGGAAAUUUGGAGAUAGUUGUAUGGUUUUACCAACUCUGAGUGAUAAUGAAGCAACUGAAUUAUUCCCUGCUGGUUUCAAGACUGUUCAAGUUCCAUCUUCUCUACCUUAUUUGCGGAUUACUCCACAGCCAUAG